AUGCUUCUUUCUGAGAGUGACCUUGAAUUCCCCUCUACUCUCUCUCUCUCUCUCUCUAUUUAUCUACCUGUCUAUCUCACUUUAAGACCAUAUUUUUACAAUUUAAUUCGUUAUACUUUCUUUCUUUCUUUCUUUCUUUCUUUCUUUCUUUCUUUCUUUUACUACCCAGACUUUAUUUUCAUUCUUUCCUUCCACCCAUUCAUUCUUCUUUCCUUCAUUGAAUGUCUUACACUUACUUUCUUUUCCUUUCUUCUUUCGUUCGAGCGCUACUUAUUUAAAUAUUUUUCUUUCUUUCUUUCUUUCUUUCUUUCUUUCUUUCUUUCUUUCCUUUCUUUCUUUACCCUUACUUUCUUUACCCUUACUUUCUUUCUUUCUUUCCUUCUUUCUUUCCAUCCUUUUUUCCUUCCAUCUAUUCCCACUUUUUUUACGAGCCUACCUCUUUCUUUCUUUCUUUCUUUCUUUCUUUCUUUCUUUCUUUCUUUCCCCUUAUUUUCUUCAAUACCCACUUUUUUCUUUUUACAAGCCUACCCCUUACUUUCUUUCUUUGAUUCUGUCCUACAAUUAUUUUAUUUUUCUUCCACCUCUUUUUCUUUUAUCUUUCAUAUUUUUCUUUUUUUCUCAUUUAUUUUUGAUUAUCUAUCAUAUCCUUUCUUUCUUUCUUUCUUUCUUUCUUUCUUUCUUUCUUUCUUUCUGUUUCCCCAUUCUUUCUUUCUUUCAUUCUUUCUUUCUUUCUUUCUUUCUUUCUUUCUUUCUUUCUUUCUUUCUUUCUUUUUCCCCAUUCUUUCUUUCUUUCUUUCUUUCUUUCUUUCUUUCUUUCUUUCUUUCUUUCUUUCUUUCUGUUUCCCCAUUCUUUCUUUCUUUCUUUCUUUCUUUCUGUUUCCCCAUUCUUUCUUUCUUUCUUUCUUUCUUUCUUUCUGUUUCUUUUCUUUCUUUUUUCUUUCUUUCUUUCUUUCUUUCUUUCUUUUCUUUUUUUCUGUUUCCCCAUUCUUUCUUUCUUUCUUUCUUUCUUUCUUUCUUUCUUUCUUUACCCUUACUUUCUUUACCCUUACUUUCUUUCUUUCUUUCCUUCUUUCUUUCCAUCCUUUUUUCCUUCCAUCUAUUCCCACUUUUUUUACGAGCCUACCUCUUUCUUUCUUUCUUUCUUUCUUUCUUUCUUUCUUUCUUUCUUUCUUUCUUUUCUUCAAUACCCACUUUUUUCUUUUUACAAGCCUACCCCUUACUUUCUUUCUUUGA